AUGAACAGUACAGAGCCCUACUCCAACUCUAACGCCAUCAGCAAUGACAGCAGUAGGUUUUGUCCCAUAAAUCCCCAGCACAUCUCCAUUUCUGUGCUCAUUUGUCUCACUUUCCUGGUGGGAUUCCUGCUGAAUGUCUUCAGUCUGUGGGUGUUCACAUGCAGGACACCAGAAUGGACGUCCAACACUGUUCUACAGUUUCAUCUAGCUGUCAGUGAUGUCCUCCUGUGUCCUAUGGGACCGUUUAUGGCAGUAUAUUAUCACACUGUUAACUGGUCUUUUGGGAAAGCUUUCUGUCGGCUUAAAAUAGCUUUAAUAAGCUUUCACAUUUACACCAGUAUUCUGUUUCUGACUCUCAUAAGCAUUCACCGCUAUGUGGUUGUGGUACGCUACAACCAAGUCUCUCACAUGAAUCGAAAGGACUUUGUACAGAAGCUCUGUGCUGGAGUUUGGCUUUUUGUAUUGAUUAAAGGAACUGUUUUAGCAGCUGUUUUAGACACAAGCAACGUGGACAAUCGCACGUUAUGCCUCAGCAUUCAUCAAGGACAAUAUACUGACUUCUAUUUCAUUGUAAACUUCACUAUCCUCAUUCCUGGAUUACUUCUAUCAUUCCUUGUUUCUGCGAUCUGCUACACUCUUCUUGUGCGCUCGAUGUCCCAUCUUGACACUAGCCAUGAUAGUGGACAAGCUAUUAAGAGCAAAUCAUGUAAAAUGGUGGCUGUUUGUUUGGUUAUUUUUGUUGUUUGCUUCACGCCUAUGAAUGUGGCACGCAGUGUGGGUCUUGUGGUCAAGAAAUUCUUACCCAACGAAUGCAGUCUACUUUUAAAAGUGGAGACUGCAUACUAUGUGUCAUGGAUCUUGGCUGGAGCUAACUGCUGUCUCGAUCCAAUUAUCUAUUGUUUCAGCUGUCAGAAAUUCACAAAAACACUUCGUAUCUCUCUUAGGAAGAUAGGGUUGAGGCUUGAAAUGAGUCAUGGGGAAUCUUCAUAAGAUUGCCUUCAUGUAAGCAAAAACAGCCCUCGGUUAGCAAGGAACAUAUUGAAACUGUUGUUACAGUAUAUAUAUUGUAUGUGUUGGCAUUUUGUAUUGAUAAUUCACAGAAACUUUUUUGUUUUUUUAAAUUGCAGUGAAAUUUUGUAUGUAGGUUUAUAGUUAAUUCAAUUUAAUGCAAAUUAAAUUAUUUUGCUUACUUUUUGAAGUAAAUUAUUAGUUUUGUUAAUGAUUGCACUGAAGUGCAGACAAUAUAAUGAUUUAUGGCAGUAGGAUUAUUAUUUUUUUUAUUAACAUUCUAUAUAUGUGCAACAUUAGACCUUAUAUAAAUAGUCUUAAAAUCCAUGAAUUGUGAAACUGGUGUUCUUAUUAAAGUACCUCACUGCUCAAAAUAUAGUGGUAGACAAGGGUGGAGUUUAUGUUAAUGACUGCUGACUAAUAAAAGGAAAUCCUGUCUUGGUUCCUUUUUAUCACACUUCUACUGAAAUGUUCAAGUAAAGUUGUGUGCUUUCAUAUAGUCACUUCGUCAUACAAUUUACAUAUUUCAAAUGAGGUUUGAGGGGGGCGUUGUACGACCAG